UAUUAUGUUGGUGGUUUUUUAUGGGUGAAUUGGCGUGUAGCGUAGCUGAAGGUUGGAGAAGCAGAAGAGCGAAUAAAAGCCCAUUCUCAUGAGUCUUUUGGUCCUUUGCAACGCAGCAGUAGAGUAGCCAACAUGGCCACCCAAUCACCGCCUCCUCCCACUCCCACCGCCACCGACCAAAACCAAGGUUCUGAAGUCGUGCAAGCAACAACUGUAGAUCAGCAAAAUGCCAGAGAAGAGCCUGCUAAACAGAGUUCAACUACAUCAGUCUUUGUGAACUCGCAACUGAUGCGAGAAGAACAAAUUCAGAAUGCUGUGAAAUUUCUAUCACACCCAAAAGUUAGAGGUUCACCUGUCAUGUAUAGGCGAUCAUUUCUAGAGAAGAAGGGCCUUACGAAGGAGGAGAUUGAUGAAGCUUUUCAGCGUGUGCCAGAUUCAGCUCCAACAGUGCAGACAGGUGGUGUAAAUCAAGAUGGCCAAUUGAAAUCGUCAUCAAACAUUCAGCAACAAGCCCAACAUCAAACUUUGCAGCCGGGUUUACCUGCUUCUACUGGUGUUAAUACUUCGCCGGGAACCUUAUCACGCUCCAAAUUUCACUGGUCUCAUACACUUAUUGCAGUUGGAUUACUGGCUGCUUCAGGUGCUGGAACAGCUAUAAUAAUUAAGAAUUCUGUUCUCCCUCGGUUAAAAUCUUGGAUACGUAAGGUUGUCUUAGACAAUGAUGAUGAACAAUUAAAGAAAACUGACAACAAACCGACACUGAUGGAAGAAGCUGCGCAAGCUGCAAAAUCAGCUGCAGCUGCAGCUGCAGAUGUGGCAAAAGCAAGCCAAGAAAUGCUGGCUUCAAAAGGUGAAGAGAGGAGAUACUUUGUGGAAGUUGUGAGCCUUUUAGAUAAACAAGUACAAGAAAUGAAGUCAAUGACAAAUGCCAUAAGAAGGUUGGAAGGGCAAGAAGAUCUUCAAAUCAGUCAAACAAGUUCGAAGCAACUGAUUGUGAAUGGAAAAGCAGACUACGACUUGCAUUCAGUGAGAUUUUCAUCCCCACCUACAUCUGUUGAACCAUCAAGUGGUCUUCAUCCAAAGGCAUAUGCGGAGAUAAUGGCCAUGGUCCAAAGAGGAGAGAAGUCUUCUAAUAUUAGGCCUUGGGAGGUUAGUCAGGUGCAAAGCACGUCUACCCAGAUGCUUCAGUCUCAAGUAAAUGGUGAAGACUUGAAUACUAAGGCCCAGGAUACCCCUCUAGUAAAUGGGGAUGACUCAUUACCCUGGUGGCAGAGGAAAAAUGUCAGAAUCAGAGAGAUUGAUAAUGAAAAUGAGUCUAAUGGAGUACCUUAUGCUUCUGCAUCCAAUCAGCAGCCAGUCCAACGCGUAUGGGUUCCUCCUCAACCUCCCCCCAUAGCUAUGCCGGAGGCUGCAGAAGCAAUCAGACGACCAAAACCAGCGGCCCAAAAGGAACAGGUGUCUGAUAAUCAGUCAGUAGCUCAUUCUUUAGACAGCUCUGAUGACGUACAUAUGGCCCCAAAACUAUUGGAAUCCGAAGGUGCAGUAGAGGGCAGCAGUGUCAGCUCGGUUCCCACCUCUAGUGAGAUACAAGAGGAGCAUGAAGUCAAAUAUGAUGAGAAAUGAAGGUGAAUCAUGCAUGAUCUAUCAUGAAAAAACAUGAAGUCGGAAAUAACACUUGAAGUAGUCCCAUAUUUGGAAUAAGCUUGUCACACAAUCUGUUUCAUAAUCAUAUAUAGUUGUACUUUUGAACUGGACAUCAAUACAAUAUGCAAAUGCACGUAUCUUUCUAUGCAAGAAUUUGUUUACUAAAGCAAAAGUUUUAAUUA